AACUGUAAUUUCCUUGAAUGAAAAAAUGUGUGAUGGUGUGUUUGGGCGUGUGCGGCAGAGUGCAAAUGUGUAUAUUUGUGUGUGAGUAACUAAUGUUGUGUGACUGCCUUCUCUCUUUGAAAGAAGAAUGUGUUAUGAGCAGUUUUUGGCCAUCCACAUUGUAAAUGUUGCCACCCUGCAAAUCAGUUGUAAAAGGACUAGUCAUUCAAAAAAAGCUGUUCAGCAGUGUACGGGGGACAAACCAUUGCAGUGAAAGUGCACUCCAGGUUGCAGGGUUGGCAUUUAUGAAUAUGGAUGCUCCCAAUCACCAAUGAGUGUACUCUUGCAUGGCUCUGUCAAACACUACAAUAUUUUAUAGGAAUAGAAAUAUUUUUUCCCCAUGUACCUUUUCGCCCCCAGAACAUUUCUUUCACUGUAGAUCCAGAUGGCUUGUAAAAGUUAUGCACAUCCAAAGGCAAACAUUAAUAUUCCUUGUUAAUGUAUUUGGGAUUGUCUGUUUUGCUCAGACCUGUCUCCCAUCAGCUCCAGUGAAUUCAUUUCGUCUACUUUGGGGUUUUCGAUUUGGUCUAAUCUAAUACAGUGCAGAUGUAGCCCUUUUGGAUGCAUAACUUCAGAGCGCUUCAAAGUGCUUACCUUUUAAAGUUACCGGUAGCUUGAAACUAAAAUUGUUGACGGACGUGGCUGAUGUGCUAAACUGAAGAUGUCUCUUCCCCUCCUCCCUCCCCUGUAGCUGUGCCAUGGGACUGGCAGAGGCAGAGUCUCAGGGUUGCACACUGUUCAGGCCGAGGCAAGUCAGUCCUUUUUAUUUUUUACUCCCUAAACAUUUUGAUCUUGUCACUUUAUAAUUAAAAAAAAGCAGGGGCCGUCACAGCUCUCCCGCAGAGCUGUUGGAUGCCACCCGUCCCCAAACUUGCAGCAAGUUUGGUGAAGGCCCUUGAAUCUGUUCACUUGUCGUAGGCAUUGCCACUGACUAACCAUUUUUUCCCAUAUACUAGUUACUUUUUUCGCUGUACUUGUAGGCUCCAGGAUUCAUUUGGUAAUUGCACACAAUCACACAAUUAGUUUCAUGGACAAAGGAUUACAUUAAAGCACAUGCUUAACCUUGUAGACAAGGGUGUGUGUAACUGAAGACACUUUUCUCAGUAUGUGUAAUAUUGUUCUUUCUCAUGUCAGGAAGUUUAUUUAUGAACAUCAGACACAUUGCCAUGUACACCACCACAAACACCGCCAACCCACUGCACUGCACUGUACUGCACUGUCAAACUCGCAAACAUCUACACUUGGCAUGCAAGCAGUGCAACCACUGCUGCCCACACGGGCAAUGCUGCCAGGCAAACUGAGCCCCCUUUUAGAUGUCACGGGCCAGACAGCUGUUGUCCAUGAGCAGUAAGUGUGUAAGGGUUGAGGGUGACACAUGGUCCAUGCCACUCACAUACUCUUUGUCUCCAUCAGCUGACCCCUGCAGAAUUUCAGCACUCGCUAUUAGUCCAUCACAGUCGAGAGUGUCGCCGUUACAGGUUAGUUUACGCUGUAAGUACCAGAUUCCGUCUGAGGGACAAGCAUAGCCUCUUGUGUGCUUCAGGCACCAGCCCCUAGUUAGCUGUAAUUACUAUUAAAAAAAGAAAAAAAGAUUGGACAGAAUGUGCCGUUUCUUGAUAUACAUUUAACUAAGUACCACAUUUGGGAUUUUGACAUUGUAGCCUGUAAUGCAACAAGAGAAUUAGUGCAUGUCCUUGUGUAGCCCACGUUUUGUGAUUGAGUAUUUGGGGGAAAGGGUGGCAUGACUGUGCAGAAAAAAGUUUGUAAAAAUCGAUCUAAUAAUGUAGUGCAUUUGAUCCUUCCUGAUCUAGCAGUGGUGUCCCUGAGGCAGGGCCUGCUAAAAGCACACUCUUGGUAAGUACAGGAACAUCCCAGUGUUCUGCGGUGCUCUUGUUUGAUUUUUUUUAAGCCCAGGAAAGCAAAGUUGGAGAGGGAGGGGAAGCAAACGAGUUUGACUUGACUGCUCCACCAGGUAGGACGUUAACCUGAUGGUUCUCUUUGCACAAUAACAACAAAUAAACAAAUCCUGGCAGUCAUCAAGAAUUGGCCCUCAAAGAAUUAAUUUGCUGUGGAAAUAUCUCUUCAGUGUUUUCCCUUGAGGCCCUCCCACUUGCUGUAAUGCGGUGGUACUAAAAAUUUAUUAUUUACAAUAAAUGCCCAAAAUAAAUUAUUUCCGUAUUCCUCACUCUGUUUCUUGACAUUCCUGAAGGUUUUCCAUCUAAUCACUAUGAGGUGCAUGUCCCUGAGACCUCCCCUGUCCAGCAGCUGUGGUGUGCUAUUGAAUAAUGAUGAAACAGACCCUUGGCUGGGUUGGUUGAGGUCUGGAACAUGGUCAACCUGCUGUAUGCAAGAUGUAUUUUAGAUGUUUCUGCAUUCUCAUGGUGAUCGGAGUUAGCUGAUCUCCGCAAGUUCUUAGAAGUGUCUAUGUCAUCACCAAUCAAUUUUCCAAUUUGCGAGGUCUGAAUGAAGUAAGGAUUGGAACAGGAGGCUGCAUUUCCUAGCAGCAAGUCAUAAACAUUCCUCUGGUAGGCAAUCUGCCUUGUGCAUAUUCUUCUGGAGCCAGCUUCAGCAGAGCCCUCCUUUAAAACACCAUCUUGCUACAGUAAUCGCCUGCACUUAAUUUCACUGGCCAAUAUCCAUUUUGCUUUUGUAGAUACUUUUCAGCAGUAUAAAUUCGACAGAUCACAUUCAGCAUUGUGGGUUUUUUUUGGUUCUCUGUGAUUGGUCCUUUUGCAGGACCAUUUUUUUUAAGACAUUUGAGAUUUUUUUGUUAGGGAGGGAUGAACUUCAUUGAAAUUAGAAAAACCCAUCCUAUUUUAUCCAAUUGCAAACAUUUGUUCAUGUCAUUGAAAAAUGAUUGCUGGAGGUGAGCUCGGUUGAUAUUCUAUGUUUGAGCCCACUCCUGUUCGCUGAUGAGCCGGUUUUCUGGUAACAAGACAGAUCCCCUUGCAGAAUCCAGUACCACACCCUCUGUGAAUGAAAUAAUAGUAAUAGUAGCGUACAAGGGGAUGCUAAAUCAAGGCUAAUUUUACUAUUAUUAACCAUGUUCACCUAUUUUAUAGAGAGGAAUUUAGAAUGGAAGAGUAUUUGUUGCCUAAUGUUAGGCUUUUUUUAUGAUGGGCCUUUAUUGCAGAUAGGACAGUGGAGAGUGACAGGAAGUGAAUGUGAGAGAUGGGGUAGGGUUGGGAAAUGACCCUGUCCGGAUUCGAACCGGGGUCCCCAUGGGCAUGCAAGCCCAAAUGUGGGGGGCUUAGCGCACUGCUAUGUUAGGCUUUUUGUGAUUGGAAGGUUGCUGGUUCGAAUACCAUAAGAGUGGGAAGAAAUUGCGCUCUCCAACACCCUCAUCCAUGUGUUCUUGUGCAAGGCCACUAACCCCACAUUACUCCAUAACUAACUAAUAGCCUGUACCUAAAUAACUGUACAUUGCUUAUGAUAAAGCAUCAAUUAAGUAAUAUAAUGUCACAUGUGAAUUUGCAUUUUAUUCUCCUUGCUGACAUUUAAGUUGCCGAGUCCAAAAAGAGCAAUUCUUUUUGACUGCCAGAGCAUUAAGUUCUUCCGGCCGGGCUACCAUUUUAAAUAUGCUCACUAUUCGAAAGUCGUUGUAGGCUGUUGCCAUUCGUAAGACUAAAUGAUGGUGAAAUCCACUUCUACUAAUGGCAAACACAUAAAUGAUACGCUUACACCUGUGUGCUAUUGCUGUAAUUAAUGUGAUUUUGUAAUCAAUGUGAAUAAACACAAUGCACAAAGAGGUAGGUAAUUUCAAAUUAAUAAAUGCAUGAUUGAAAUUAGUGAAAUAGUAAAUGUUCCAUUUUUAUGAGAUGGGACCGGUCUGAAUGACAUUAGCGUGGUCAACGUAAACACGUUGCAUCUGGCCAAUCACAGAAGCGAAUGGGGGAGAGAGGACAAUGAGGUCUGAUGAAAUGGUUAUCAAAUAAAUGAGGUUUUGUUGGUGGAUCUGUAUUUAUCAACUUUGGGACAUUUACCCAAACAUGAGUUUAUUUAUCCACUCCAUAUAGAUCUAACAGUUGUUAGACAUUGUUGUGUGCUCGUGGUUUACUUUUGGUUGGCUUUGUUUUACUGUUUGACUGUUUUUGAAUGUGACUUAUGUUAAUGCUAUGCUGAAAAAAAAUGAUGAAUAUGUGUUGACUUAAAAUGAGUGAAAAGCUGAAGCGGUAAUUUUCUCCCGAAUAAAUAAACCUUUCUUUUGCCUCUGCACGCCUGUUUCGGUGGUCUUUUUUGUUGUCUGAUUUGCUAUCUCUUCCAACCCAUUGUGACGUAACAAGAUUGUGAUUUUUUUUUUCUUUUUUUGUGGCAGACUUCCUGUUAGGUGGAGCAUGCCUGUGCUGCCUCUGUUAAUCUCAACAGCAAAGGGUGUUCAGGACUUGAGUGCCUCAGUAUUCACAGAAGCUUCUAUUUUCUCUCUUGUUAAUAUAUGAAAUCUAGGAGACCAAGUUCAUGUGUAGGGUUUUUAACUUCACCCCAGCAUGAGGAUCCUCAGUGCUGUGCUUUGGAUAUUAGGCAUUCAAGUCAUUGCGUCCCAGGAGUUACUGUACAUUGAAGCAUCUGAGGGAGAGUGCGUAACCAUUUCCUGUGAACCUGAGGAGAAAUCAUCACCGCUGAUUGGGUUUUACCUGGAGCACACGUCCACACAGCCGAAGAGAGAGCUUGUGCACCUGUCAGAGAACGCUGGAGUGAAGGAGAGUCCACCUGUCACUGGCCGUGUUCAAGUCACUGGAAGCUUGGCAUCUCCUCAGAUAAAUGUCACCAUUUGUCUGUUACGGCACACUGACAUUGGACUGUACACGAGCAGGUUCAUUCCCAAACACUCUUUAGCAAACCAAGUCAUCAGAGGCAGCACUCAGCUCUUCUUGCGUGUUAAGGAGACAGGGGAAGAUGGCUCCUGCCAGUGCACUCGUUACACAUCUCUGCUGUAUGCCAUCUCUGUGGCAGUGGCCCUGCUAUCACUCCUGCUCAUUGGCUUCUGCCUGAUGCAAAUUACCAAGCAGCGGCAGCAGUCCAAGCCUCCGCCCCCUGCGAGUGACAUCUACGAGGUGAUGUCUGUGGGCCAGCAGGGGCACCUGGUGGUCCAGAACGGCACACAGAUGGCCGCCGCGCUGCAGGAGGACAUGAACAUCUACGCCACGCCAAACCUGAACCCCGCGCAGGACAACGACUACGCCUGUCCUCAGGCACUGCGGCCCAUGAUGCCCCACAAUCAGGCCCAGACGGUGCUGUGACUCCCUGCUUCUGCUGCUGCCGCUGUCGGGAUGCACCUAGAUUCCUCCUCUCAGGACAGUCUGCAUUGCAGUGGCUGCCUGUCUGGAGGUAAUGGUAGACUCAAGGAUCGCUUAGCUGAGGAUGGUCAGUAUUGCCUCUUUUGCACUGCCGGUUUUGUGGUAGGAGUACAGCUCGACACAGCGGAACUAGGCCGCCACUUUUUCCUUUACGUUUGAGCUGUGCCGUGCCUAUUCAAAAAGCAAAAAGUGGCGGCCUGUAGGCCUACCAGAAAACCGGCAGUGGAAAAGAGGCUUAAGGAGGCUAGAGGCCCCUUUAAAAGGCCUGGUGUGUAUUGGUGAAUCAUUACUAUGUGUAUAUGUGACUGAAAUAUAUUUUAUGGGUUGUAGACAUUGUAAACUAUAAAAGAAAUGAGCUCUUUUUAACAAUACAAUUUCAUGAGAUUAAUGGGUGCUUUUGUCCUCUGCUGACUGCAUAUGUGAAAUUUAAGUGAAAAAUUGUUUCGCAACAAAGGGUUGAAAU